GACAGCAGCACUUGUUGCGGGGAACGGACGCAGGCCCGGGGAGAGCGGAGAAGGCCGCGUGGAAGGGGACGCCCGCCGUCACGGGCUGUGAGAUAAAGCGAGGCGCUGCCCGUGCCCGCUGGCCCUCUCCUUCCGCCCUUGUGCUGCCAGCAGCGUCCCUGGCCGCCUCAGUCCGGUCCCCCGGUGGGGCUCGGCUUUUCCCCCUCACAUCCGCUCCUCCGCCCUGGGGUUAGAGGGAGGGUAGAAGCUUCCUACGGACCUCUGGGUCUUUCUCUUGCGGGUGGGGGCGUCCUGCUGCACGGGUGAUGAAGGGGUGGUGGAGUCCCGGGCGUCGGGGCCUUGCUCUCGCUGCUGGUAGAGAACGGAGCUGCUGAAGGGCUCUGGAAGUGACGGACGCGGUUCCCGCCUUCCGUUCUCGGCUGAACACCUGCAAAAUCGUUGAUAUUAUUGUUGGAAAAGAUGAGAAAGGCAGAAAGAUUCCAGAAUAUCUGAUCCAUUUUAACGGCUGGAAUAGAAGCUGGGAUAGAUGGGCAGCUGAAGAUCAUGUUCUUCGCGAUACAGACGAAAACCGCAGAUUACAGCGUAAAUUGGCACGGAAGGCUGUGGCUCGCAUGAGAAGAAAGGGAAGAAAGAAGAGGCGUUGCAGGCUGCCUGGUGUUGACUCUGUAUUAAAAAGCCUUCCUACUGAAGAAAAUGAUGAGAGUAGCGAAAACUCUAUAAGUAGUUCUUCUUCUGAUGACAGUGAUGAAGGAACAGACGAAGAAAUAAAAAGUGAAGAAAGUGACAUAGAAGAAAGGACAGAAAUGAAAGAAGAACAAGAAAGUCAUACAAAAAGGGACAUGGAAGAAAGAGCAAUAAGCAUAGAAAUUCCUGAAGUCUUGAAAAAGAAGCUUGAGGAAGACUGUUACUAUAUUAAUAGAAGAAAACGGCUAGUGAAGCUUCCUUGUCAGACAAACAUAAUAACAAUCCUGGAGUCAUAUGUGAAACAUUUUGCUAUUAAUGCUGCUUUUUCAGCCAAUGAAAGAUCUCGGCACCAUCAGAUGACUCCACAUGCUAAUAUGAAUCUUCAUUAUGUGCCACCAGAGAAGAAUGUUGAGCUAUGUAAAGAGAUGGUGGAUGGGCUGAGAAUAACCUUUGACUUCACACUUCCAUUAAUUUUGCUCUAUCCUUAUGAGCAAGCUCAAUUUAAGAAAGUGACUUCAUCAAAAUUCUUUCUUCCCAUCAAAGAAAACUCAACAAAUACUAACAGAAAUCAGGAGGAGCUUUCUCCAAGUCCUCCUCUGUUGAACCCGCCAACUCCCCAGUCAACUGACAGCCAGCCUGCAACAGGGGAGCCAGCCACACCAAAAAGGCGAAAAGCUGAACCUGAAAUUCUGCAGUCACUGAGACGCUCCACACGUCAUAGCUCUAACUGUGACAGGUUAUCAGAAAGCAGUGCUUCCCCGCAGCCUAAACGGCGGCAUCUUGAGACUCCAGCUUCUAUGCCAAAGCUCUUCUUGCACCUGGAAAAAAAAACCCCUGUCCAUAGCGGAUCAUCUUCCCCUAUAACUUUGACUCCUAGCAAAGAGGGGAGUGCAGUUUUUACUGGCUUUGAAGGAAGAAGAAACAAUGAAUUGAAUGAGGUUUUGUCCUGGAAAUUGAUGCCAGAAAAUUAUCCACCAAGUGAUCAACCACCACCUCCCUCAUAUAUCUAUGGCUCUCAACAUUUACUACGAAUGUUUGUAAAGCUACCAGAAAUCCUGGGGAAGAUGUGCUUUCCUGACAAAAACCUGAAGGCCUUAGUAAAACACUUCGAAAUGUUUCUGAGGUUUUUAGCAGAGUACCAUGAUGAUUUCUUCCCGGAAUCUGCUUAUGUUGCUGCGUGUGAAGCCUACUACAGUACAAAAAAUCCUCGGGCAAUCUACUGAAACUAUUAAUAAAAAUUAAAUCCUACUAUACAUAGCCCAUGACAAUGCUAUUUUGCCAUGUGGCUACAAGCUGAAGAUGAAAAAGUAACUAAAACAACUUCUGGAGUUGAAGAAAUAGUGAUGGUUGGAUUACUUAGGAAUGGGGAACUUCUUUUCAGAGAUGUGUAUAAACUAUAUUGAGUUGCUUAGAGGAUUGAAUGUAACUGACUCCAGAUGAAUGAAGAAGCCUUGUCCUGACUUCUAGUGCAUGGGACUGCAUAAGACUAUUAAAGAGGGAAGGAGGCAAAAGCAGAUGCAUUAGCAACAGGACAUUUUCAUGAAGAUGGAUCAUCAUGCUGUGUUUUGGUUUUGCUCAACCACUCCAGCCUGAGAAAUAAGACUUGACUACACAGCUACACAAAGAGAAUGAGUAACUGGUAUCUUACGGACCUUUUUUCCUCACAGAUUGCACUUCAUUUUGUGGAACUGUCACACAAAAAAGAUUGCUUAAUAUAAAGGUGUUCUUGCUGUUUGUUUAGCAUGAUAUCUGCCUCAAGAAUAACUUUGUUGCUUGAAAGAUGUGUUGCUUACUUUGCAUUUUGCAAAGGUGUAUAUAGUUCUUUUCAUGGUAAGGCUGCCAGAGUCACAAGGAGAGCAUACAUUGCCAGUGAUUCAACAUUUACCUGUCAAUAAAUGGUUUCCAGAGCCAUUAUGAAGGAACUGAUUUUCUACAAGUAACCGGAGAAGUCAAUAAAGUGAUGGUAGUUUAACUGGCAAACACUUCCUUUCUUAAUAAAGUUCACAGUGGCUGCUGUGUAAAUGUGUGAUUUUACCUGUUUAAAAUGCCUUGUUUGUGCUUGAUUAGUAUUUUUGAGAUUGCUGAGUGUGCAUAUAAAGGAAGUGGGAGCACUGACAACACAGGGAGAGAAGCCCUUUCUGUACCAUUGGGUUUUCUUCUGUAAACUUGAAGAAUGUCUCUUAAGACAGUUUUAAACACUUUAGCUCUCAAAAUAGGAAUUCAGUACAAUCAGAGUUCCUAGAAAUCUGAAAACAUAUUCAGUAGAUAUUUAUUGAAAUAUAAUUAUUUUCUUGAUAUUCAUUUAAACCUUGACAUAGAACUGUGGGCUUCUGCUAUUUCAAGACACACACAGCUUUUAAAAGCUCUGGGAGAAAACAGGACUCAAGGCUGAUAGACUACAGCAUUAAUCACUGUAAUCCUUCCUACUUCUGAAAACUUCUGUUAGAGUACUUACCUGCAAUGCAAAACUGAACACAUUCGUCCUAUAUUUCCAGAAAAUAGUAAGGAGGAAUCAUCAUUCAAAGGUAAAUGACAAGCUUAAACUACAAGGCCAAAGAAAAUGUGUUUCACUGUCACUCACUUUUCAGAGUUGUGCUGGUGUGUCAGAGCAUUUGAACUGAAAAGCUAAGGAUUACCUUGGUUUUGACCACUUAGGUUCUUUUUAGAAAAACUUCUGUUAAAACUCUGUUAAUGGUUGUUAAACAAAUGUUUGGUAUGGGUGUGAUUCGGUGAUCAUUUUUUCUGAAGGUAACUGUUUAGUAGUACUGCUCCUUUUUAAUGUAUUCUAUUGUACCAAAAGAACUUUAGUCUUUCUCAAAUUAAGAAGUGGUAUCAGAAUCCAAGUACCUCAAAAUCCAUUUUGCCAACAUGUUUCAUUCUAAUUUUAGACCCUGUUUUUCUAAAAAAAUUCAACAGAAUACAAGUAUCUAAUGAGAUUAAUCUUGGAAUACUGCCUGAAAACUCUGUCCUUAAUCCUGGUGAUUGCAGGAAUGUUUGCAUGUGUAUAAUAUGGCAAAUAUAUUUUGUUCUACUGUU